AUGGGCUUUUAUUUGUCACUUAACCUUUUAUCAGGCGAGGGAGCUGUGGUGACACUGGAUGUUACACUUGGCUAUCGUGAUGACCGCUUUAGUGAAUGGACAGAAAUGGCCCAUUCAUUUGAAAGCCGGAAGCUGAAUUGUAACUUCUCAUCUCCAAAACAUCAUGAUAGUCAGGGUCAACUCUAUGAUUGUGAUCUGCUUCCCUUCAUGGAGCUGGGGAGUGUGGCACAUAAAUAUUACCUGAUUAACAUUCGACUUCCUGUCAAUGAGAAGAAGAAUAUCAACAUGAAAAUUGGAAAGCUCAAGGAUCUCAGGCUGGUGGGAAUCCAUCAGAAUGGGGGAUUCACAAGGGUCUGGUUUGCAAUGAAAACCUUUCUUACUCCAAGUAUUCUUAUCAUUAUGAUCUGGUAUUGGAGACGUAUUACAAUGAUGACUAGGCCCCCUGUUCUUUUAGAGAAAGUAAUCUUUGCACUUGGAAUUUCAAUGACCUUUAUAAAUAUCCCAGUGGAAUGGUUUUCCAUUGGAUUUGACUGGACGUGGAUGCUGCUGUUUGGUGACAUUCGACAGGGAAUCUUCUAUGCGAUGUUGCUGUCAUUUUGGAUUAUCUUCUGUGGAGAGCACCUUAUGGACCAGAAUGAGCGGAAUCGACUGUCUGUUUACCUGAAGCAAAUUGUGCCAAUUGGUUUUGGUUCCUUCUGCCUCUUCAUUUUUGACCUUUGUGAGAGGGGUGUGCAACUGACCAACCCAUUCUACAGUAUUUGGGCCACUGAUGUUGGUACUGAAUUGGCUAUGGCCUUCAUUAUCGUCGCAGGUAUCUGUGCUUGUCUGUAUUUCUUCUUUUUGUGUUUCAUGGUGUUCCAGGUCUUCCGAAAUAUAAGUGGCAAACAAUGUUCACUCCCAGCCAUGUCCAAAGCAAGGAGACUACACUAUGAGGGCCUAAUCUUUCGAUUCAAAUUCUUGAUGCUUGUCACGUUGACAUGUGCUGCCAUGACUAUUGUGUUCUUCAUUAUAAGCCAGGUAAAUGAGGGACACUGGAAGUGGGGCGAAUACGUUGUCCAAGUACACAGUGCAUUCUUCACUGGCAUUUAUGGCAUGUGGAACCUUUACGUCUUUGCGAUCAUGUUUCUGUAUGCUCCAUCCCACAAGUGUUACAGUGAUGCUGAUCAGUCAAAUGGUGAUCUUGGAGUCAGUGGUGGUGAGGAGCUGCAGUUGACCACCACAAUCACCCAUGCUGAUGGACCAACUGAAAUCUAUAGACUGGCUGGCAAGGAAGCACAAGAGUAAUAAGUGGAAAGGAAUUGCAAAAAAAUCAUCCCAGCAAUGGAAGUCAGACGAGAUUUUCCCAUGGAAUGGGAAAACUGUAUUACAUUGCUCAUUAUGUGUGGACAUUCCGUGAUAGGUACUUGUGCUGCAUUUCUGUUGCUGGGGAGAUGGGAUUACUACUUCCAAUAAUGUUACCACAACUUGUGAUGUCUGUGGAAGAUUCUAGAACUGGCUUUCAUAAAAUGAGAUUUUUAAGUCUGAAAGAAUCCAUAUGGACAUUUUACUUGUCAAAGCAAAUUACCAUCACUGUAGUUUAUAUCUCACUGACAUUACUUUCUGUAAGUAUAUAAAAUAUUGUAGUGUUGCAGCUGUCUGUAGGCAACCACCUCCAGUGCUCAAGGGAUUGGUCCUAAGUGAGUGUGCAAGAGGGAAAGAAAAAACUUGCAUUUAACAAUGCCUUAUCAAAUCUCCCAAUGCCCCAAAGCAUUUUGCAUCUAACAAAUUGCAUGGAGAUAAUGGAUUUAGUUCCAAUCUUGUGAGGAAGGGCAUUAGUGCAGAUGUAACUCCGUAUAGACAUCAAUAUUAUUUUCAGUACACUCCCUUCUGCUUACACUACAAAAGCAUUUUUACAGCUCUGAUUUUCUGCGUACACAAACAGUUGCUUUUGGUGAUAUUAAAUACAUAUUAUUUUGAAAGAGGAAGAGAAACCUAUAAGAAGUUGAAUGUGUUAUUUAAUUUGUUGAGAUCCUCCUUGCCAGUAAAUACACAUGCUAGGCUACGCUAUAUACAAAUAGACAGAAGACUUUGUGCAACUGAACCAGCAUUGUUCAUAUUGCAAAUUGUAUGUAGCAUUUUUCAUCUAUAGUCCACUUGGUGCUCAUAUUGUACCUGAGCUUCCAUUCAUGGCUAUGAGAUGUUGCUAGAGCUGAUGUUCUGUGUGACUCCCUUGGUGUCCAAUUAAAGGAAAUAAAAGAAUGCUUUUAGGUGGCAGACUUAUUCAACAAUUACACCAUAUCAUGAUCAAUCUGGAAUUUACUUUCCAAUUUCACUUUGGGGCAUGUAUCAGAAAUGCAAAUAAGGAAUUGAAGGUGCAGACCACCAUGUUAAGAGUCACAUUUGAGCAAGUCACUAAUCGGGUAUAUGACCCCAUCUACAAAAAUUUUAAUGAAUUUAUUAUACAGGAUGCCUUGUUCUUUAUCUUUCCCUUUUUUUCCUUCCUUCUCUAUUAAAGAUGCUGAGUCCAUUACCUCUAGAGGUCAGCAAUCCUCGGUACUUCAUCUACAUUCUGCUUUGAAUAGGUUUUGGCAGACCUUUAAGCAACCAGGCAAGGGUGCAACAACAAUCUGAUCAUAUCAACAAAUAUAUAAUUUUCAGCAAAGAUCUUUUAAAGGUUUUCCCUCCUCUUAGCCCAGACUGCCAAGGUCAGUGGAGACAUGGAAUCCGAUGCUGUAGCUGAGAUUAACUAAAGGGAAAGGGCUAGUAUUGCAGAUCCUUUUGGUUCAGUAAUACCAUAUCAUUAAUCUCCCAUGUGUACCUGGUGCUUUUAAUGAUGUUCUCAUCUUGUUCCCAAAAAGAAAAAUCUGACGUCAAGUGAAUAGAUAUAAUUUAGGACUUGAUAUCAACAAAUGAGAGCAAAGACAACAGUCAAAUAUUGAAACCUAGAAGUUGCAUAAAUUAAGCAUCAGGCACUUGUAUCUUGCUGUAGGGAUAUAUUGCACAAUACAAUAUCUUAAACAUUAAAAGUUGAAAAAGUAUUUACUCCAAUGGCCACAUUUUUAUUUAAAAGGGACAUGGCAUGUCCUUUCUUUGACUCAAAACACUUGAGAUGAGAGUUCUACUCCUUUUUUGAACGUGUAGUUAUUUAAUGAUAUAACAAUGUAGAAUUAUUAUUUUAGGUGAAAGGUGGCUAGGAUUUUUUAACUUGGAAGUAGAUUUGCUUGUAUGCUAAUUUUAAAUAAAGUUUGUAUACUGUG